UCACUUGACUGUGUUACAGGAGAAUUUUAUAAAGAAAUUAUGGGCACCUUAUGGAACUUGCAAUGUCGUCUCCUUGUGGCUAUUCAAAACAAUGAUAUUUCUACAGCAGAGUGUUUAUUGGAACGUGGUGUUGAUGCAGAUGUUCGAUUUCAUGUUGGAUCUCAGACUAGACCAGCAAUCUGCCUCUGUGUAGAAAGGGGACACGUAGAAAUGGUCCAAUUGCUGUUAAAAUGGGGUUGCAGCAUUAAUCAGUAUGACCCAACUGGUCAAACCCCCCUUCACAUUGCUGCCUCACAUGGACGUAUUUGUAUGGUAGAUCUGCUGUUGAAGAAUCGAGCUAAUGUUAAAGCAGUCACAAAUUAUGGACAUACAGCUCUUCAUCUUGCUGCUCAACAACCUUCAUUAGAAAUAGUAAAGAUGUUAGUAGAGGCAGGAAGUGACCUUGAACGAAUGGAUCAUGAUGGACGGACACCACUUGGAUGUGCUUGCAUUCAAGGAAAUGCCCGUAUUGUUGAAUACCUUGUGGCUCAGGGUGCAAAAGUCAAUAUUAAAGACACAAUGGGUAAUUCUCCCCUUCUUCAUGCCACCAAUGGACCCCACACUAGCCUUGAUCUGGUAUCUGUUCUUCUAGCAGCUGGUGCUGAGGUGAACUUAGCAAAUAAACAGGGUGAAACACCUCUUCUGGCAACCAUUCGUGGAGCCAGUCAAAAACCAAAAAAUCUAAAAGUCUUGGAAAAUGAUGUUUAUGUAGUGGAAGCACUUCUUCAUAAUGAUUGUGAUCUUACCUCUCAGACACCUCUAGGACAGUCUCCUCUUCAUUUGGCUGUUGCUCUAAGAGAGGAUGCUUUAGCUGAGAAACUUCUUCGAGCUGGAUGUAAUCCCAAUACACCAGAUGCACUAGGACUUUCUCCUUUGUUUCACAUGGCAAAAGAUGGAAAACAGAAUCUAGUUAGUAUGGCAAUUGCUGUAGGGGGUGAUCUCCGAAAUCAAAAAUGGAUGAAGGAUGAUUCUUUAUUAAGUGAGAUUUGGGAUCCAUUUCUGCGAGAAUUUUUGAUGGUACAAGCUCUUCGGUUUCCAAGACUGAAGGAUCUUUGCCGUGUGGUUGUCAGACAGUAUUUAGAAAGAAGAGCUGACUGGGCAAUCAACAGUCUUCCACUACCUCAGUCCAUCAAAGAAUUUCUUAAGCUUAACUUGUUUUUGUGAUACUCUUUAAUUGUUAAUCAAAUUUAUUUGUUUGAAAAAUCCAUUCAUUAUACAAGAUGGACUUUGUAAUCUUAAGCAGCUUAAAUCAUGACUGUUUGAGCCAUAAUGUAGUGGUUGUCAUUAUUUUCAUGUGUUGUAUGCAAUAUAUUUAUAAAUGUAUUAAGUAUUAGAGGCAGCAGAGUGUCUUUGAUAUUGGAAGUUGUACAGUAGUUUAAAAACUUAAGAUUGUGGAUUAAAAUCGAUCAGUAACAUAUUAAUAGUAGAAAUGUACAAGGAUGAGUAUAAUUGUUUUCAGGUUGGGAGGGAUUUUUUUGGGGGGAUUUGUACAUGCACCCUUGUAUGUUAGUGAGUAAAAGAAGUUAAAUUCUGUGGUAUUACUAUCGAUUUUUUCAGAGAUUCUUUCAAACGUCCCAUUCUGAAUAAAACUUAAGAAAACAUUACUAAAGCUCGAAAGUGCAUGCUGUUCAAAAGCAGUGAAUAACUAAAUUGAAAGUCAUUUCUAAAAGAUGCACACACCAUGAGUAAUAGUAUAAUUUAUUUGUAUGUAUUUAAAGGUAUAACAAGGUCAAAGUGAAAAGUGUUUAAGAUUUUCUUCACAGGAAAAUAUUUGUUUCUGGCAAACCUUCUCUUUAUUCUCCAGGCACAUUUGUUCAUUUAAUUACCAAGAUUUGCAAAUCAAUUAUUUUUAUUUUUCCAGAAAUGCAAAAUUUAGAACCUAUUACAAAUUGUUACAAAUUUUUUUGACUUUGUGUGAGAAGAUGUAGUAAUUAUUUUGAGAAUUUAGUGGCAAAAUGUGGCUUAUGUAUAUAUUAUCAUGAUCAAAAAAGGGUUAGAGAUUGGUUUAUUUCAUUUAUGACAGGUCUUUCAAGAAGAAAGGUUUAGACAUAAAAUUAAAGGAACUAGCGUCAAUUAAUGAAAUAUGGCAGGGUAUGUUCUGAUCAUUUUGAGCAUGACUGCUGUGAAAAAUGUGCAUGAUUUCCCUAAAAUUGGCUGCCAAGGAGGAUAUACAAAAGCAAUAUCAUUUUACUGACAGAGUACCAAAUUACAGUGGGUAUCUGAAAAAAAGACAUUUCUUGCUUUUACUGUCUCUGUUAAUAAAAGUAUAUUUAUACCUGUUCAAUAAAAUUGGAGAUUUUUA